AUGGCCCGCUUCGGGGCUUCAGUGUCGAUUUUUGCGACCUGCUUCACCCUCUUCUUAUUCUUCGCCACAACCUUGGCCGAUGCCGAGACCGUCUAUAUCACUGGGCAGGACAAAAAUGGCGUUUCCCGCGAGCUUGCCGUCAACCGGCGGCCAGGCCUGUACACCGGCGAUUUUGGCGACUGCCUUGGAGGACAGAGUCUAUUCAACAUCACCAAAUUCGAUGCCGCAUAUUACGCCGACAACAUGACUGUGCAGUUUCACCUGGACGGAACUACCAACGUCAGGAACGAGUCGCUCAUGAUGCACAUGAAUGUCGAAGCUUACGGCGAGACAAGAUUCCAGAUGAACUUUAACCCUUGCCAAGCGAACAUCGCAAGUCUGUGCCCUUUGAACGCCAGCGUUCCCAUCACUGCCUUCGCCGAGUUCAGACUUACUCCCGCUCAGAUCGAUGGCAUCCCCUCGAUUGCUCUCGACAUUCCCGACUUCGAAGGUUCAGCUCGGAUACAGAUCUUCGCAAAUUCGAGCGAGACCCAAAUUGGGUGCUUCCAGGCCGUCAUGAGAAAUGGCAACAGCUUUUCUCAUCCGGCAGCAAUCUCUUCGAUUUUAGGCGUCUUUACCCUUGCCGCGAUUCUGGCUUCCUUUGCCACUGCGAUUUACGGCGUCAGCAUCACUCACAUGAGGACCCAUUAUGCCCAUUCCCUGUCGGUACUGGUCGUCUUCGAGACUUUCCAGACGGUAUUCUUCUCCGGUGCACUAUCAGUCGACUGGCCUAGCGUCCUGCCUGCCUGGUGGAGCAAUUUUGGAUGGGCUGCGGGAAUGAUCUACAGCAAGCAGAUGAUAAACUCGAUCGACGGAUUCGCCGGAGUGACUGGUAAUGCCAGCCAAGUUGGUGGUGCUGGUUCGACCGUCAUCAACACCGGAGGUGGUCUAGUGCAACAGAUCUACGGUCGCUCAAUUGAUAGCCUCUCGGAUUCCCCUAUCGAAGCUGCGUCUGUCCAGUAUCUUGCCCAGCGAGCUACGAGGGAGUUCAAUACAAGUAACCCAUACGAAUACUACUGGGCCGGCUCCCCAGUCCGACCGGGAAUGCCCACGCCGGGCAAAUGGAUAGGGUUCGGUGGAGAUUUGUCGGCCCUGGGCAUACCUGCUGCGGAUGCCUUCACCCUCGGUCUUAUUUGGUGGUUGGUGGCUGCUGGCCUGGUCGCUUUGGCCAUCACCCUGCUCAAAUUCACCCUGGAUGGGCUGGUGAAGGCGAAGCUCAUCAACCAAGACCGGUUCUUAUACUUCCGGAGCCAUCUUGGAGGAUAUCUGGCCGCCGGUGUUCUCCGAACCUUGCUUGUUGCGUUCUUCUCCUUGAUGACCCUAGCCAUGUUCCAGUUCAACAUCAAAGCACCGGCCGGCCCUACGGCUAUUGCUGCUAUCGUCUUCAUUCUUUUGCUCAUUGGCAUUGGAGGCAUCGUUGCAUACGCGUCAUACUUUCGUCUCCGCCUCGGAAAGUACGAGAUGGGUCCCGACACGAUCAUUUUUGAACAAGGAAAAUUGUUCACUUCGGUUCCGGCAGUUGCAGCAACUCGUGCGAGCAACAUCGGGGAGAAGGAGACAACAGCCAAACGCUACGGGUCGAUGCCCUUCUUCAAGAUUCGCUACGUCGACGACGACCCUGAUCGAACGACGGUCCACAAAGAUGAAGCCUACAUCAAGCGGUUCGGCUGGCUUGCUGCCCGUUACCGACGGACGAGGUGGUGGUUCUUCACCUGCUGGCUUAGCUACCAGUUCAUUCGGGCAUGCUUCGUCGGCGGAGGUGCUCGAAGCCCCUUGGCACAGGUCUUUGGACUGUUUAUCUUCGAAAUCAUCGCCUUCCUCGUCUUCAUCAAACUCAGUCCGUUCGAAGGCCAGCGAAACAACUCCCUGGCAAUCUGGAUGCUCGGUAUCACAAAGGUUGCCACAGCCGGUUUCUCCAUCGCUUUCCUGCCUGCAUUCGCCAUUGGCCGCAUCCUCUCGACUGUGUUCGGCAUUAUCAUCAUUGUGGUGCAAGGUUUCCUCGUUGUAGCAGUUCUAGUUUUGAUUGUUCUCGGUGUCAUCUCGUCAUGGAUGUCUCUGAACCGAAAUCGCGAAGAGUUCCCCGAAAACCUAGACGGAAUUCGCAUCAAAUAUUACGAGCACAUGGAAGCCAAGGCCGCGGACUUGCCUCCACCUCCGAAACCUGACCCUAAUCUGCUGCCUCAGCAACCGCCGCAGCCAUACUUCAACGUUUCCAGUGUUCGCCGAGCACGCAAGAUUGAGGACGACGAACACGACGAAGAUGAAGUUGGAGACAUAAUUCGUCCUGCCAACGCCUCGGUCGUUCAGUUCGCCCCAGGCACGCGGACCAGGAGCCGGGCGAAUAGUGCUAGCUCGCGCCACUCAGUUGGAAGUUUGCCGCGUCGUGCCAGACCACACCGCGCUUCCUGGAGUUCGGCUGAUUUUGCCGAAUGGGAUAAUCAGACAAACCAGUUGGAGCGGUCUGGUUCGGUGCUCGCGCAGCGCAGCAGGAGCGGUUCAUUCAGACAAAUUACCCAUUCCGAAUCACAACCGGAUCUCGGUCGCUCCACCAACAGCACGCCACUGCAUGGGAGGUCAGCGUCCACGAAUGAGUUGCGGCGUAUCAUGACGCCGACGGAGGAGGUUCCGGAGGAACAUAUCAUGACGCCUGGCGCGAUGGUCAGCGAUGAGAAGAAGGCCGAAGAUGCCGGUAUUUCUCCCAUCCACGAGCGAGACGAAGAGAGGUAUUUCGAGACGAAGGAAGACGUUUCGCCAAUUGAAGAGAAGGAUCGGAAGUCUUGA